GUGAACUAUUCCCUUAAGGCGGAUUCGGGCGGGCGCGCGCGCAGCUGAGGCACGAUCGUCGGGAAUGCGCGCGCUCGCGGGCGGUUCUCGGCGGAUCUUGGGUCAGUCAUGGCGGAGGGGGAGUUGGACGUCGAUUCUCUGAUCUCCAGACUGCUCGAGGUGCGAGGAUGCCGUCCAGGAAAGAUCGUUCAGAUGACGGAAGCGGAGGUUCGGGGUCUCUGCAUCAAAUCCCGUGAGAUCUUCCUCAGUCAACCCAUCCUGCUGGAGCUGGAGGCUCCUCUCAAAAUCUGUGGUGACAUCCACGGUCAGUACACAGAUCUCCUGAGGCUCUUUGAGUACGGAGGUUUUCCUCCAGAGGCGAAUUAUCUGUUUCUGGGCGACUACGUGGAUCGAGGUAAACAGUCGCUGGAGACCAUCUGCCUUCUGUUGGCCUACAAGAUCAAAUACCCAGAAAACUUCUUCCUCUUGCGUGGAAACCACGAGUGUGCCUCCAUCAACCGAAUCUACGGCUUCUACGAUGAAUGCAAACGCAGAUUCAACAUCAAACUGUGGAAGACCUUCACCGACUGUUUUAACUGCCUGCCUAUCGCUGCUAUCGUGGAUGAGAAGAUCUUCUGUUGCCAUGGAGGUCUCUCACCGGAUCUUCAGUCUAUGGAGCAGAUCAGACGCAUCAUGAGACCUACAGAUGUCCCAGACACAGGUCUUUUAUGCGAUCUGCUGUGGUCAGAUCCGGACAAAGACGUUCAGGGAUGGGGUGAGAACGAUCGCGGUGUCUCCUUCACUUUUGGUGCUGAUGUGGUGAGCAAGUUUCUGAACCGCCAUGACCUGGAUCUCAUCUGCCGGGCGCACCAGGUGGUUGAGGACGGUUAUGAGUUUUUUGCCAAGAGACAGCUAGUUACUCUGUUCUCAGCACCAAACUACUGCGGCGAGUUUGAUAACGCCGGAGGAAUGAUGAGCGUGGAUGAGACCCUGAUGUGCUCCUUCCAGAUUCUCAAGCCGUCAGAGAAGAAAGCCAAGUAUCAAUAUGGAGGAAUGAACUCGGGCCGUCCCGUGACUCCACCGAGAACGGCCACACCUCCUAAAAAGCGGUGAAUGAGUAACCGGAUGAUGAUGAUGAUGAAGGGCGGUGGCGGAAGAAACACAAAGGAGUUGAAUCGGGCAUGAAGACUCGCUGCAGUUACCUUUGACAAAAUAAUACAAGAAGUUAUGUAGUUAAAGAAGUAUUUUCCUUUUGAUUUAAUUUCACUCUCUUUAAGUGUUGCUCUCUGUGUCUGUAAUGUCAUGUAUUUGAGAAAACACACACACACACACACACAUCAGGUCACAUAUCAGAGCGUUUCAUGUUUUGUGUUGUUUUGUUUUGGUCUCACUCUGCUUAUAACAAACAUGAAGAUGUACAUUAACUAGUUCUUUUCUAGUUUGAAUGAAACAGGAGAAGUAAACAAGUUAAUAACAUCUGGAUUUUCAGUAAAUAAACUAUAACAAACUC